UACUGGAAUCAAAGAUGAGUGGACGGUCAUCACACAUAUAGAUACGUCCUUCCCCAUUCCCCCUUAGGCACAGUCCCUGUUGUCCUCACAGUCCAUGCCCUAACAGGGUGCUGUUUAAAUCAGUGGCUUUCCACCUUUUGUAGACUUCCAUCACCCUCUGUAACUCCUGUGAAUUAGGCAGCACCCCAUUUCAAUAGCACAUCUAUUUAAGCCAGCACUUAACUCUUGGCACAGGGACUGAGGGUGAGGGAAAAGGAUGGAGCACUUAGUUCCUUACAGAACAGUGAGGCAUGAAUAAUCAUGAGCCUACCUCCUCAUACUGGAGCUUCGGCAAGGACAGACAAGGCUUCAUGUAGCUCCUUACACGUGGACCAAGUCAGGGAGGAGGGAGGAAAGCAAGCAGUACUCUAACCCUUUUCAAUUCUAGAGUGAAUUUUGCUUGUGGAUCAUAGAAAACACUGAGUGACAGCAGACACCUUCAUGAAGGAUAGGCUUAUGUCACCUGCCCCUUGACUGUGACAGUCAUCUGCCCAACUUCAGCCCAGGUGGCAGUAACAGGAGAUAAAAGCUAUACUGAUAAAAGGGAAAAACAAGCCAGCAGCUUUCCAUCACGGGGCCAAAAUACACCCCAAAUCUUGAGAACUGGCAACACUGCACCCCCUCCUUGCCAUCCCCAUUUCUUGCUGCUUCUGAUAAGUACAUAAAGUCUCUUUUGCUAUUAUUUAGAGAUAGAACCGCAAAGGGGAAGAGAACAUAAACGCUAGCAGGACUAGCUCCCCGGUAAUAUAUUACUAGAAGUACUAGUUCCUAGCUAGUAAUAUAGCACUAGGAGUACUAACUCUGAGACCAGCAGGAAUGGGCUUAGCCCCCAGGCUUAGUGACAUUUGGAGUGUCCACCUGAAACCACUCCUGACCAGUAACACUGUUGUUCAUAGUCCAGCAGCAGCAAGGACUAAUAUUAUUUUGACACCAGCACAAUAACAUGCCAGGUGCUGUAUAAGCACAUGGCAAGAGAGAGGCUAUGCCCAAGAAUCUGGUAAUGCAGAUGGGGUUAGGAGGAAGGAGGCAUCUUUAUCCCUGUUUUGCAGUACAAAGGCUACGAGCCAUAUUUUUAAAGGUAUUUGGCUGCCGAAAGAUAGAGUGGGAAUUUCAAAAGCAGCUAAGUAGCUUCGGUGCACAAGUCCUGCUACAAUCAAUAGGAGUUAGGCAUCUAACUACAUCAAUGCCUAAAUAUAUUGGAAAAUAUGGCCUUGCAUGUCUUUUCCAAGGUCAAAAAGGAGUUGUUGGGUGAGCUGGAAAUGGACUCCGUGUAGCUUCAAUGCCUGUCUUUAAGCAUGCACCCAAAUUUCCUGCUCUGCUGCUAUUCAGAGAAUACGAGCACAAGAUGCUCCAUGCCCCUAGCCUCCAUCCUCAUCUGCUCCCCACUCGUGCCUUUCCACCAAGUUCCUGCUUUGAUUUGUAUGGCACUUAACAGUUACAUCUGCCUGCUGCGGAGCCUUCUUUCUGCAGCUGGGUAAUCAUUAACACGGGGUUUCUAGAGCCUGGGGUAAAUUAAAAAAAACAGGAAUUGUUUGUUCAUGGGGAGCUUGUUAGGAGAAAGAACUCCUGCCGCACACACACACAACCUGAAAAUCCUCAGGGGGCUGCUGGAUUUGUUAGACAGUGAUUAAGACCUUCAGAAAGAAGAGCUGCUCUUCAGAAUGACUCAGGAUCACUGGAUGAUCACUCUGCAGAAAGUGUUUUACCCUGUCCUGGCCAUCAUUGGAAUCCCAUCAAACAUCAUGACAUUUGUAAUCUUCUGGAGAAGGGACGGCUUAAUCUGUACUUCCAGCCGCUACCACCUGAUGGCGAUGUCCUUGGCCGACACUAUCGUUCUUAUCUUCAUUGUUAUCACAGAGAUGAUCCUGAAAUACUACAGCCUGGAGCCUUUCUGGUACAAGGACCCCUGGUGCACCCUCCGGGACGUCUUCAGCUAUGGAGCAGUCAAUGCCUCCGUUUGGCUGGUGGUCUCCUUCACCACCGAGCGUUUCAUCGCUCUGAACACCUUCAAGCUGAAGGGGAGGAUGUGCUCCCCAAGAAGCACACUCUACAUGAUCAUCUUGAUCCACAUCUGUAGCUAUGCAGCAGCCAUCCCAUAUUAUUGGUCCAACAAAUCAGAAAUAGUAAAUGGAACAGGAAGUGCGGUCUGUGUGUACCACCCGGACCUCCCUGACUAUUUCAUUGAGGGUCUGGUUUGGUUUCAGACCUCCCUGGUCAACAUUAUCCCCUUUAUCAUCAUCUUCAUCUUGAAUGGCCUGAGUCUUCGGCAGAUUAUCCUCAGUAACAAAGUGCACUGUGGGAAGGAUGGAGGGAUUCACAGAAUGGCUUCAGGGACACACUUUGGGAACCAGAAGAAGAGAUCUAUCAUCCUCCUGGUCACUGUCUCCAUGACAUUUGCUUAUCUCUGUACCACUAGAUUUGUCACCCAGAUUAUUCUCAAGACCUGCUAUUAUGACAUUGAUAGACAGGAUUACUCCAAAGGCAUUAAUGUUGCAGCGGAUAUUGGCACCAUGUUAGAACUGACCAACACUGCGGUGAAUAUGUAUCUCUAUGCUUGCACCCAGACUGCCUUCCGCAGGGAGUUAAUCCACUGCCUCAAAGCUCUUCUCUGUCCUUGCAAAGCACAGAGAAAACUCCCUCCAACAGUCUUCCAGGUGUGAUAUAUCUCCCACUGUUUUAUGGAGACAUCACGCUACAUGUUCGACAGGAAGCAGGAACAGCUCCCUGUGACUUUCAUAGAUUUUCAGGGUAGGAAGGGACCUCA